AAUGUUACAUAACUUCAUCGUCUAAAGCAUUCUAGAACAUUUUUCUUUGCGUGACAAAAUUCAUUUUCUAGAUCAUUCGAGAGCAUUUUUCUCUUCCGCGACGGACUGAGAACUAUCAAGUGUGUGUGUGGCGGACUUGGAAACAUCUAUACGGAAUGGGUCGAUCGGCGAAACUCUUUCUGGCGCCAUGGUGUCUGUGGGUCAUGCUGGUGUCGGUGGUCAGUUUUGAAUUCACCAGAACUAUCUGUCAUGUAGAUAUUUGUACCAGUGAGGAGUUCUGUGACCAUGAAAAUUGGCAAUGCCGAUCGUGUGACAACACCCGGGGUGACUGCUUGAAGGACUCACUUCCGGGUAAAAUCAACUUUACCGAAGACUGUCCGGCACCCGCCCAGCUAGUACACGGAAGCUUUAAGUAUUUAGCUAGAUAUCGUCCCGGAACCAACGUAACGUUUACGUGUGACGAGGGAUACAAACUGGUCGGCGACGACACGUCAACUUGUGAGGACUUCGGUACAUGGUCAUCCCCGGAGCCAGAGUGUGAAGAAUCAAACAUUCUGUGGCAUGUUGCCAUUUUCAUACUGGCUGUUGUGGUUGUAAUUCUGCUGGUCUUUAUCGUGUACAAUAGACGAAACCACAAAGAGCCUCAAGACAACCCGAGACGUAGCGGAUUGGAAGGGGAAGAUAUGAAUUACGGAAUUCCCGAGUCGGGUGUGACGACGGAAGGCCAUCAACCUGAAGUAGAACGCCAGGAGGCGGACGAGAGGCGCCCAUUGCUUUCCGCAUAAUAUAUCAACAAUGGCUGCUAACCGGAAUUUGUUUGUGGUUCUGAAAAGUUUUUCUGUUUUUGCUCAAUAACUUUUGUUAGGAAUGGCAUAUGAUAAAAAUGUGUGUUCCUAGCUCACAUAGAGGUGUACAAUUGGUGGAUUUGAUGUCUUUAUUACCUAUGCCGCAAAUAGAAAGCUUGUCAUACAAAGGUUUUAGCAACUGCCUAGGCUCUGUAGUCCCGGGCCUGCACGUGAUUUUCAAAAAUGGUUAUUUAAAAAAAAAAAUGCAUUUAUAACUAAAGGGGCAGGUGUGUAUGCCUCUUCUAUUUAGAAAGUUAGCCAGUCUUUCUUAUAAGCAAUCAUUUUAUGUGUGUGUGCUGUUUUUACUUCCAAGUUAAUUGGAAAACGCACCAAAGCAUCGCGAGAGAACAUGCGGGAUCCCUGCCCCCACCCCCUUUCCUAACAAGCCGGACAUGUACAUAUUUUUUCCUUUAGCUACAACCCUGUUAGCAACUGAUGCUUUUAUGUACUAAUCUUGUAUUUGAUAACACGAAAUGACUAUUUAUGACAAAGCCAGAUAGCUUAUCAUUAAAACCUGGUUUUCGUCGUAUUGCAAUGCUUCGUUUUUUAAGCUCUAUAAAACGUUUCUUUUUUUAAAUAUGCAAUUCUGUGUUAAUCCCAAUUUUCUAAAUACCGGUAAGCCUUGUGAUUGUCGCAUUGAAUUAGAUAUUAUUAUUAUUAUAACUAUGUCGGUUUUGUGUGUAUAUUAUCCAUAGUACUAACACUGUUAAUCUUCUCAUUUUAUGCGUUAACAUAUGUGAACCCGGUUUUUUUUUUCAAGUGCUAUAAAGUCAUGAUUAUUUUUUUCAUUUUGAUGGUUUCACUUUUUAAUCAAACUUGUAAUCAAUACUUUCGAUUUAAAGAUGUACUCUUAUAGAUUGAACGUUUUGACAUCUUGUUUUUAUUUUUUGUCUUGGAACGAACCAAAAUAUGCGAAUAUCCAUUGAAACCAAUUAUAUAAGUCUGCUGACAAAAACUAGAACUCAGAUUUAAGCUCAAAAAUUGGUUUAAACCAUAAAACAUUAAUUUCCGAACGGAAAUAUGAAAAUCUGCUAUCUGAUCUUUUGUCAGCAGUCUUAUAUCACUGGUCUGCAGAUAGUUACGCAAAAAUUGGCUCAUUCCAAGACAAAGAAUAAAAAGUAGUCAAAACGGUCAAUCUGUGAGAGUGCAGCUGUAAAUCCCUUGCACCUUUUUUACUCAAGUCAUUUCUAAAUUAUUACUAAAUACAAAAUAUAAACGAGAAUUUAAAACAACAGCAACAUUUUUUUCUUUUAUAACAUGUUUAAAAAAAUGAGGUUGUUUUUUUGGUGAUAUUGUGGUGUCAAAUAUUCGUAAUCAAAUAUGUAUGUAAUACAUGUAUAUAAUCUGCUUAUAAUAAGUUAAAAUCUUAUCUGAGAUAUCAGGAUCAUUUUUUUUCAUUGUUUUUAUGACCUGUUAGGGUAUUUUGUGAUGGUUAAAAGUUGUAAGUAUGUACUUUCAAAAAUAUAUGGUUUGAUGCAUAGCUGUGGCAUCACCAUUUAUUUUGUGUUUUAACAGUAAACUUGUUUUUAUUUUUUUUACCUAAGAAUGUUACAUAUAUAUAUAUCUUUAUAUUUUAUAUGUUUUAUAGCUAGCUCUGUAAUUUUGUCUUAAUGUUUUAACUUGUUAAAAUAAAGAUACUAUUAUUAUAAUUAUAAAAUUAAAAAAUAUCGUUCAA